GGUGCGCGAUGCGCAUGCGUUAGCUGGCGGAAGUACCCGGAUAUAGCAGGAGGCGGUGCUACCGCCGCCAUCUUUGCCAGGAGAACAGUGAGCUGGUAGUGGCUGAGCAUCCCGGACUCAUCAGCCUCCAUCCACCCCGUGUAGUCCCCGUCGCCGCCCCGUCUCGUGGACAUGGACGAUCGGGAGGACCUUGUGUACCAAGCUAAGCUAGCUGAGCAGGCUGAGCGCUAUGAUGAAAUGGUUGAAUCAAUGAAGAAAGUGGCUGGAAUGGAUGUGGAGUUGACAGUGGAAGAAAGAAACCUUCUAUCUGUUGCAUAUAAAAAUGUGAUUGGAGCUAGAAGAGCUUCAUGGAGAAUAAUCAGCAGCAUUGAACAGAAAGAAGAAAACAAAGGUGGAGAAGAUAAACUAAAAAUGAUUCGGGAAUAUCGGCAAAUGGUUGAGACCGAGCUGAAAUUAAUCUGUUGCGACAUUCUGGAUGUACUGGACAAACACCUCAUUCCAGCAGCUAACACGGGCGAGUCCAAGGUUUUCUAUUAUAAAAUGAAAGGGGACUACCACAGGUACCUGGCUGAGUUUGCCACAGGAAAUGACAGGAAGGAGGCUGCAGAGAAUAGCCUGGUGGCUUAUAAAGCAGCUAGUGAUAUUGCAAUGACAGAACUUCCGCCAACACAUCCCAUACGCUUAGGUCUUGCUCUCAACUUCUCUGUAUUCUACUAUGAAAUUCUUAAUUCCCCUGACCGUGCCUGCAGGUUGGCAAAAGCAGCUUUUGAUGAUGCUAUUGCAGAACUGGAUACACUGAGUGAAGAAAGUUAUAAAGACUCUACACUUAUCAUGCAGUUGUUACGUGAUAACCUGACACUAUGGACUUCAGAUAUGCAGGGUGAUGAUUCCUAAAGGAAAGUCCAACUGUUCAUUUCCUAAAAACUCUACUUUGUGAAGAACAGAAUAAAGAAGCGCUGCAGGAUGUGGAAGAUGAAAACCAGUGAGACACCAUGGCCAACAAGAGAACCCAUCUCUGACCACACCCACCCUCCCCAACAAAUCCCUCAGUGUCACUCUGAGAACCACCAAAUCUGACUUUUACAUUGGGUCUCAGACUUUAGGUUCCUGCCCUCUUGGGUUUCUUUUUUUCCUUUUUUUUUUAAUUUAAUUUUAUUUUUUUGGGGGUGUUUUUUUGGUUUUUUGUUUUUGGGGGGGUUUGGGUUUUUUUUUUGUUUUUACACAGUUUAAAAGUUCUUAAAGGCAAGAGUGAAUUUCUGUGGAUUUUACUGGUGCCAGCUUUUAGGUUCUUUAAGACACUAACAGGACUGCAUAAAGAUUUUUUCAGCAUUACUGUAUUGUCUUCUGCCAGAUGUGACAAUUAUUAUUAUAAGUGAAUAUUACAUCUGAAAGCCAUUAGACUUCUAGGGGAGAGAUUUGUUAUCGCACUGUAGGGCGCAUGUGAUGGCAUUUUUCCUUUUUUAUAAUUGUUUAAACUGAAUUUUAUACCAGUGUUUAAACUUAAUUGGGUGUUUAGCUUGAAGUUUCAGGUUGCAUUGGAACGUUUAUUGUAGUGAUUUUACUGUUUUAAAAAAAAAAAGUUUCCAAACUGCUGAAAUGUUGCUGAAAAAUUUGGUGCUGGUAACAGUUCAACAAUCCGUGGCUGCUCAUUCUUGCCUACUUUUUACUUUUCCUCAAAGCAGGUUAGCAUUGAAGGUGGCAUUGAAAAGCCUGCAUGUGUGUUCAAUAUUUUUUUCCCCUUCCCCAUCCCUAUUCCCCCCUUCGCUCGCUCAACCUCUUUUGUUCAGUAUGUGUAACUUGAAGCUAAUUUGUACUACUGGAUAUCUGACUGGAGCCACAGAUACAGAAUCUGUAUUGUUCUUACUGAAACACAGCAUGGAAUUAACAUUAAACUUAAAUAAAACAAACCUAAAUUAAAAAAUGCCAAAUAUUA